UGACCUACUAACACAGAUCCAUGAGUCAGUAACCAGUGAGUCCACCUUGAAAGCAAGAGUCCUUGGGAGGAGACUGAGCUCGGUUCUCGGGAACUGUAGCUUUCUAUCGCCGCGCUUGAUUCGUUGUUGGCUGAUGGGAAAGUCACCUGUGGCUGAUACGCGGUGGAAAAGCAGAGAGCAGCUCCUCCAGCCGGCGGUUACAACAGAUUUCCUCAAGUGGAUGAACUGGAUGUGGUAGUUGCCAAUAAUCUAUACACACACAGUAUGUUGCACAGCUGAAGAGUCGUCGGCAUGUUGUCAGUUGUUGACAGUAAUAUGCAAUCAGUCAAACAAGAGGUGGACUCGAGUGAGUCUUAUAGUGGAGAAGAUGCUCUGGUCCUGGCGGUGGCUCUGCAGGGAGCCAACAGAGACCUGAUGGGCCCCCAAAGAUCUGCAAUUCCAUUCAAGGCUAAAACCUCCUGUCGCAGGAAAAGAGAGUUUAUCCCAGAUGAGAAGAAAGACAACAUUUACUGGGAGAGACGUCGCAAAAACAACGAGGCAGCCAAGCGCUCCAGGGAGAAGCGGCGCAUCAACGACAUGGUGCUCGAGAACAAGCUGAUGGCUCUCGGAGAGGAAAAUGUCUCGCUCAAAGCCGAGCUGCUGUCGCUGAAGCUUAAAUUUGGCUUGGUGAGCUCGGCUGCAUAUGCACGAGAGGCUCAGGAGUUGUCCAGCUCCGCGGCAGUCGACCUCUACCAGGAGCUUGUUCCGCCCUCUCCUGACAAAGGCUCUUACAGCAGGGACGUGGAACCUCUUCACUUGCGAAGUAGCUGCAUAUCAGUAAUCAAGCAUUCACCUCACAUGCCUGAGGCAUACACCGCAACUCAGGGAACCCUCAGCCUCUGCAGGAGCACACAAGUCAAGCAAGAACCAGCAGAGAAUGGCAGCUUUGUACAGGAGAGCAGCAGUCCCUAUGAGCUGUACAGAAACUGCAUGAGCAGCCCUCUGCCUGGUGUCUGCUCACAGCCCGCCUCCUUCCUGCAGGCCACCAGCUCAUCCAGUAACUCCCCCAGGAGCUCUGACGACGGCGCUGUGAGCAAAUCGUCAGAUGGUGAGGAUGAGCAGCAGGUCCCUAAAGGGUUCAUGGCGACUGCAGUCGGCCCAACAAGCGUCAUUGUAUCCACACACAAAGUGCCUGAUGCCAGUUCUUCAGCGUUGCCCCAUAAACUGCGCAUCAAAGCCAGAACCACCCAAAUCAAGGUGGAGCCCGUUGACCCUGAAUAUGAGUUCCCUAGAAGGUCCCGUCCAGUUGGCGGCGCGGAGCACACGCAGCCUCCAGUGUGUCCUCUGUCAGUGCAGGUCACCAACAUGCAGGGCUGGAGCCAGUGCUCUGAGCCGUGGCACAGAAGCGGCACAGAGACACUGUGGGACGUCUACAAGAGCAGCAGACGCAGCCCAAGCAUUGCCUCCAACACGACCUCUAUGGAUGUCAGAGAACCUUCCUCACUGGCUGAGGUCUCGGACCUCGACGCUCUCCCUUUGAAAAGACUGGUGGCAACACAGCAAGGUUCUGUGAUCGAGUCAAACAAGAGCAGCGCGCUCCUCUGAAUAACCUCUGU